AUGCUAAACAAGAGACUGACAUUCCUAAAAAAAAACCCCACUGAUGUUUCCACCACCGUGCUGGCUGCUGCUGUUUUCCUGCUUGUUCUUUAUUUCGUAUCUGUCAGUUACAUUUCCAAGGAAAGAGGGAGGGAACCCCCAGGACCGAGACCUCUGCCUCUGCUUGGCAACCUGUUGCACAUUGACCUCAAGAGACCCUACAAAACUCUGCAUGAGCUUUCAAAGACGUAUGGGUCAGUAUUUACAGUUUAUUUAGGAACCAACAAAGUUGUGGUCUUGGCUGGUUACGAAGCAGUCAGAGAGGCACUGGUUAACGAUGCAGAGGAGUUUGGAGAGCGCAACAUCUCCCCAAUAUUUAACGAUCUGAACCGAGGUCAUGGAAUUUUGUUUGCAAAUGGAGAAUCGUGGAAAGAGCUGAGACGUUUUGCCCUCACCACCCUCAAAGACUUUGGGAUGGGCAAAAGACUUUCUCAGGAUAAAAUCCUGGAGGAGUGUGGCUAUCUGAUUCAAGUGAUAGAAGAGCAUAAAGGAAAUGCUUUUGAUACAGCUCUUCCAAUAAAUUACGCAACAGCCAACAUUAUCUCCUCUAUUGUGUACGGAAGCAGAUUUGACUACAGUGACCCUGUAUUCAAAAACAUGGUGAAGCGAGCCAAUCAAACCAUAUGUGUCACAGGUUCUGCAUCAGUCCAGCUUUUUAACAUGUUUCCUCGGCUGUUCAGUUGGAUAAAAAACCGCCAGGUGGUGUUAAAAAAUGUUGAGAUGACUGUCAGAGAUAUAAAGAAUUUAACUAAGCAUCUGAAAGAGACUCUGGAGCCCGGACUGUGCCGAGGGCUUGUUGACUGUUUUCUGAUUCGGAAACAGAAAGACGAAGACUCCUGUGUUUUGGAUACUCACUACAAUGAGGAGAACUUGACAUUCACAGUGAGCAACCUGUUUGCUGCUGGCACUGACACCACAGCAGCCACACUGAGAUGGGGUUUGCUGUUAAUGGCCAAAUACCCACACAUACAGGAGCAGGUCCACGAGGAGCUGAGCCGGGUAGUAGGAAGCCGUCAAGUUUGUGUAGAUGACCGGAAAAACCUGCCGUACACUGAUGCAGUCAUUCACGAGACUCAGAGACUGGCGAAUAUUGUCCCCAUGUCUGUUCCUCAUCAAACUAGCCAAGAUGUCACCUUCAAGGGAUACUUUAUCAAAAAGGGAACUAUUGUGUUUCCUCUUCUCACCUCUGUCCUGUAUGAUGAGAGUGAAUGGGAGAGCCCACACACUUUUAACCCUUCACAUUUUCUGGACAAAAAGGGUCAAUUUGUCAAGAGAGAUGCCUUCAUGCCCUUUUCUGCAGGUCGCAGGGUGUGUCUCGGAGAAGGUCUGGCUAAGAUGGAGCUCUUCCUCUUCUUCACCUCCCUCAUUCAGCACUUUCGUUUCACUCCUCCACCUGGAAUCACAGAGGAUGAACUGGAUCUCACACCAGCUGUGGGAUUCACUACCCCUCCUUCAUCUCAUAUGCUGUGUGCUGUCAGUCGCCAGUGA